AUGUUUGGAGUGAGAUAUAAUUCAGAUGAAGAUACAAAUCAAAUCAGAAAUGCAACUCCAAUAAAGUUGAAUAUACGAAAAAGAGCGAGGCCAGUUGAAGAGCACGAUGGAGAGGAAGAAGAAGAAGAGUCAAGCCUAGAUGAAAAACCAGAAAAAUCAGAUAAUGAUUCGGAUUCGAGCCGAAUAUCAGAUGAUAGUGAUGAAUCAGAGAGUGAAGAAGACAAAGAUUCAGAGGAAGACCAUUUACUGGAGGAUAAUGAAGAUGAUAUGGAAAUAGAUGAACCAAUAACUAAUGAUACAGAAUAUAUCAAAAAGCAUCAAUCAGUUUUUGACAAAUUUAAACAAUCUGCAAAUCAAAUUAGUCAUGAUUUAGAAAAGCAUGAAGAAGAGGAUGUAUUAAUAGAUACACAAGAUCUUGUACCUCUACCUCAACCUCAAUUACCAAGAGAUAGAAAAUUAACAACAACUUCACAACAUUUGAAAAAUUUAGACUGGUUAGCUAAACCGGAAUAUAUACUACCUUCACAAACAAAACCAUUUUCAGAAUAUCAAUUAACUUCAUUUAUACUAAACAAUUUAAAGUCAUUAGGUAUAAAAGAUGCAUUUGCAGUUCAAGUAAGUUUAUUAAAUAAAUUAUUACCAGAAAUUAUUAAAAAUAAAAUUAUGCCUGAUGCAUUUGGAGAUAUUUUAGUAAAUGCAUCAACUGGGUCAGGAAAAACAUUAGCAUAUUGUAUACCUAUUAUACAAGCUUUAUAUGAUAGAGUUGUACCAAGAGUUCGUGCUAUUAUUUUAGUUCCUACAAAACCAUUAAUAAAUCAAGUUAGAACAACUUUAUUGCAAUUAUCACAAGGAUCUACUUUAAAUAUUGUUAGUUUAAAAAAUGAUAUAUCAAUUAAAGAAGAAAGUAAUAAAUUAAAAAAUUCAGUACCUGAUAUAAUUGUUAGUACACCAGGUAGAUUAGUGGAACAUUUGAAUUUAAAUUCAAUAAGUUUAUCAAGUUUGAAUUUUUUAGUCAUUGAUGAAGCUGAUAGAUUAUUAAAUCAAACAUUUCAAAAUUGGUCACUGGUCUUAACUUCAAAACUUGAAGAACAACAACCAUAUAAUAUAUUAGAUCACUGGAGUAUAAAAGCUAAGAAAUUAAUAUUUUCAGCAACAUUAACCACUGAUGCAGGUAAAUUGGCAAAUUUAAAUCUUUACAAACCAAGAUUGAUUGUAGUUAAUGAUUCAGAAAAUUUAGUUAAUGAAUUAUUUUCAGUACCUUCAACUUUAAUUGAAUAUAAUUUACAUUUAGGAGUAGCUAAAAAUUCUUUAAAACCAUUAAUAUUAGUUAAAUUUUUAAUUACUCAAUCCAAACUAUCAAAUGUUUUAAUUUUCACUAAAUCAAACGAGUCAUCAAUAAGAUUAUCCAGACUAUUACAACUUAUAUUUGAUAAAUUAAAUGUACCUAUAAAUAUAGCAUUCAUUAAUUCAACAAAUAAUAGAACAUCAAUAAGAUCAAAAAUUUUAAAAGAUUUCACAAAUCAAAAAAUCAAUAUUUUAAUAGCUACUGAUUUAAUAGCAAGAGGUAUUGAUUUAACAACAAUAACAGAUGUUAUUAAUUAUGAUUUACCUAAUUCUUCAAGAGAAUAUAUUCAUAGAGUAGGUCGUACCGCAAGAGCCAAUCAAUCUGGUAAAGCAUUUAAUUUUAUAUUUGGUAAAGGUGAGUUAAAAUGGUUUAAUACAUUUUCUAAAGAUGUCAGUAGACAUGGUAAAGAGGUUGAAAAUUUUGAAUUCAACGUUGCUGUAAAUAUUAAUGACUCUGAGGAAAAAGUAUAUCAAGAAGCAUUGAAUGAACUACAACAACAGGCUAAGAGUUGA